AUGGGUUAUCCGGCCGAUAGAUAUGAAGGUGUUUAUCGUAACAAUAUCGAAGAUGUGAGCAGGUUCUUAUCACUGAAACAUGGCAAUAAAUUUUAUGUGUACAAUCUAUGUGUUGAAAAAGAGCGUCAAUAUAAUAGUACACGAUUCAAAAAUCAAGUUUGUUCUGAUUUCACAUUUGAAGAUCACAAUCCUCCACCACUCAAAAUGAUACUAUCGUUUUGUCAACAUGCCGAAUCACAAUUAAAAGAUCAACAAGAUCGAACAUUAGUCAUUCAUUGUAAAGCGGGCAAGGGGCGAACAGGCGUUAUGUCUUGUUGUUUCUUAUUAAAUUAUUAUCGUAUGGAAUAUAAUGACCCAUUAGAUACACUAAGAUAUUAUGCACAACAACGAACAUCAAAUGAAAAAGUUUGUGUUUUGUGUAGUACGUCAGAAAUACUUUUAAAAGUCACUCAUUUUCCAUCACUUUUUCAGGGCGUAACAAUUCCUAGUCAAAGGAGAUAUGUUGAAUAUUUUGGACAUCUAUUAAAUACCGGUGUAUCAUACUCAACGAAACAAAUAUGCUUUUCUGGCUUAUUAAUAACUUAUGAUUAUAAUCAAGUAUUACACACCAUUAAAUCAGCAGAUCAUAAAAUUCAGUAUCAAUCAUUCGAUAUUCCCGUUGAACGUGAUUUAACCAGUCGUCGUGAUACUGCUUGUUUAUCGUAUAAUAUAUGGGAUUUAAGUAAACGUUAUUUUAUGCCACCAUUAAAUCAACAAUGUCAAAUACCGUUAGAAGACGAUGUUCUAAUAGAAUUAUACACAAAAAAUAAACGUGGAAAACUGGAAAAAUUAUGCCAUUUUUGGUUCAAUACUUUCUUUCUUGUUGAACCACAAAUGCAAAAAAUUUUAACAGCAACUGACAAAAAACCGGAAAGUAAUCUUGGUACGUUAACUUCGUGUUUAAUUAACGAUGCGGGACAUAAACAUGUUUAUACGUUAAUCAAGAAAGAUAUUGAUCGUUUACACAAAGAUAAAUAUCGUCGUGAAACGCCUGAUACAUUUUCAAUAUCUGUAUUAUUUGAUUUGAUUCCCAAGUCAACAUCCAUCAGUCAAUCUUCCACAAUCAUCAACUCGGAUCUACCAUUAUCAUUAGAGGAAGAGAAAAUAGAUACAAAAAUAAAAUUGAUGGAAACAAAUGACGGUUCAUCAUUAAUUAUUACACCAACAAAAUCGUUAAAUAUGCCAAAUAAAGAAAAACAACAGUCACGUAUAAAUACAAAUAAUACGAAUGAAUCUGUUAAAACUAAAACAACGACGAUACGUAGAAGAUCCACCGAUCCACUCCCCGAAUCAGAUAACGAUGAAAAUGAAAUUAAACUGCGUAUACCAUCGAAAUUAUCUAAUAAUCGACAAUUUAAUUUAUACAGAAAUGGUAUUUCAGAUUGGGAUUCGUCCGAUUCCACAGAUGAUACGUCUUCUUCUCCUAAACGUCAAGAUUUCAAUAAUAAUCAUAAUAACAGCUGA